AUGUCUCAAACAGAGAACAAGUCAGGACCUAAAAGCAAAAAGUCUUUAUUAAGUUCUUUAAAUUUGAUAGUUAAUCCCAACCAAAAAUAAUAUAACUUUUGUAUUUAAAAAGAAGAAAAAAUUCUUAAAAUAACUAUGAACUUAUAUUCUACAAUAAAACUUAUAAAUGCUGUUUCUGAAGCUCUUAAAGAAAUAGGAAAUGAAAACUAAUUAGACAAUAAUCCAAAUAAUUAUGCCAUUUAUAUUUCUAAAAAGAAUGGGCUACCAAAAACUGAUUUCCCAUCUUAUUAAAUGGAUUUAUUAUUAGAAGAAACAGGAAAUACCAAUUUUUCUUUAGUUCACACAACAUCUCAAAAUAAAAAGCCAUAUGAUUAAAAAAUUCAUCUUAAUUAAGUUAAGGAAUAAAAAUUAAAUGUUCAUAAACUAGAAAAGAAACAUAAAAAUUGGUUUCUCAAUUUUUUAGGAUGCAGCUGA